AUGUCAGUCACUUUCAUAGGGAACAGUACAGCUAUUCAGGAGUUGUUCAAACGUGUUAGUGAACAAUUCACAGCCAUGUUCAGACGUAAAGCUUUCUUGCAUUGGUACACAGGUGAAGGUAUGGAUGAGAUGGAAUUUACAGAGGCAGAAUCAAAUAUGAACGAUCUCCUAAUGGAAUAUCAGCAAACUGAAGCUGCAACUGCUGAAGAAGAAAGGGGAUUUGAAGACGAAGAACAUGAGGAUGCAUAAAUUAAAUCAAGAAUGAGAACACAAGUGAGGACAACCAUAUGUAUCUGGACAUAACAUUAUAGAGUUACGUGGUAAAAUGUGA